UUUCAGAUUAUUUCUAUGGCGACCUUAUUGCCCAGAAACCUCCGCGCCCCAGAACUCGCCCUAUGUAGCAGACCAAAGAUCUUAGGGUCUUUGUUGCAGACGAUACCAAGCGCGCAGAGCCCCGGAAGUGGUGCUGCCCAAAGAUACCAGAGGAGCUGCCAAGGCGCGCAUGCGGUCCGUGGACAAAAGACUCCGGAGGAUCGGCGGCGGGAUAAAACACGCAGAGGAUUUGUGUAUGGUAAUCUCAAACUCAACCCAUCAUACCAAGAGUGUUGUUCAGUUCACCAGCACCUGAACGCGUGGGAGGGAUUCACUGUGUCAGCUGAGCAGACGAGACGUCAGGGAGUUCACAGCAUGGAGAAAUUAUUCAUCAGCUCUGAGUGUGGGCAGGGGUUCACGCAAUCUUCCCACAUGGUGACUCACCAGCAAGUUCUCGCUGUGGAGAAACCAUUUGUCUGUCCUGAUUGUGGAAAGGGAUUCACUCAAUCAUGCAACCUGAAGAGGCACCAGCAUAUUCACACCGGGGAGAGGCCGUUCAUCUGUUCUGAGUGUGGGCAAGGAUUCACUCAUUUGUCCAACUUGAUAACACAUCAGCGUGUUCACACUGGGGAGAGGCCGUUCACCUGCUCUGUGUGUGGGCAAGGAUUCACUCAAUCUUGCCACCUGGUAACACACCAACGGGUUCACACACUGGAGAAGCCGUUUGCCUGUCCUGCUUGUGGAAAGGGAUUCUCUCAAGCCUGUCAUCUAAAGAGGCACCAGCAGAUUCACACUGGGGAGAGGCCGUUCACCUGUUCUGAGUGUGGGAAGGGUUUCAUUCAAUCUUCAGAGCUACUGACACACCAGCGAGUUCACACCGGGGAGAGGCCGUUCACCUGUUCCGAGUGUGGGCAGAGAUUUACAAAGUUCUCCAGCAUGAUAACGCAUCAACGUGUUCACACCGGGGAGAGGCCGUACACCUGCUCUGUGUGUGGGAAAGGAUUUACCCGGUUGUCCAUCAUGAUAACACAUCAGCGGGUUCACACUAGGGAGAGGCCGUUCAGCUGCCCUGAAUGUGGGAAGGGAUUCAUUCACUCCUCCGCGUUACUGACACACCAGCGAAUUCACACCGGGGAAAGGCAGUUCAUCUGCUCUGAUUGUGGGAAGGGAUUCUCACAAUUUUCUCACCUGAUGGCCCAUCAACAAAUUCACGCUGUGGAGAAACCAUUUACCUCUUCUGACUGUGGGUAGCGUUUCACUGGUAAUUCGAACCAACGAAUAGACUGAGGAAAGGACAUUCACCUGUUUACAGCUCGAUUAUCUGAGCUAUUGGUACACCAGCGUGUUCACACUGGGGGGAAAGUUUAAAUAAGUUUUAGUUUGAUGUUGCAGCUGAUGUUCAUCACACCCAGGUCUAAACACUGGUCAUUGGGCACAGUUGGGGUUUGUUCUGCGGAUGUUAAUAAUUCAAUUCAAUUCAAUUCAAUUCAACUUUAUUGUCAUUGCACAAAUACGAGUACAGGUACAACGAAAUGCAGUAAUUCCAAGAGUUUAAUAUUCUGGGACUGUGACGAAUAAAUGAGUUCUGUUGUAAA